AUGACACGAAUCAAAAAGCCUCGUGGCAUUCGUCAUGAUCGAGACUGCCACCGCUGCAAAGUCCGAGGUAUCAAGUGCGAUCUGAACCGCCCCCGGUGUCAAUCCUGCCUUCAGGGAGGAGAAGCAUGCCAAUAUCCACAAAGGGUCGUAUGGGUCAAAGACAAGAAGGCAAAGGCAUUAAACCCAUCACCAGAGCCAAGGGAAAACUCAUCACAAACAAGCAAUGUACAAAUACCGACCACCGAGAUCGUAACCAAACCAGCAUCCAUCAAUCUAUAUGGCUUCAUUGACCUCCUAGGCGCUUUCUACCAACAAAUCACUUCCAGCAGCCGAGACAUACCCGAAGAAGGAGUCCAGCUAAUAUCACGCACUCUCAGCUUUGCACGUUCACGCAUAGAAGAUGCAGGGAACAAAGAAUCUAUCCAGUCGCAUCUCAUCGCCCUAACGAAUCUCAGCCAAGUCAUUGAGUCCGCGCACCCGAUUGCGCUUUUUGGGAUAGCCACGUUCGCCAUGUUCGAAGUGUGUUGCGGGUCGUUUGGGAACUGGCAUUGUCAUCUACAAGGUGCGCGUUCGCUGCUGGACCUCCACUGCCAGCAUAAGGGUGCGCUCGAUGAUCUCUGCGGCGAGAUCUCCGGUCUGGCAAAUGUCCUUGCUUACCUUGUUUGGUUCGAUGUGACCGGUGCUCUGGUUAGAGAGAGCUCGUUAAUAUUUGAUGAUUGGCAUCGGGAAACACUGGACGCUGAAUUCUUUGACUCUGUCGGGUGCCCGGCUGAUACAUUUGAGUUUUUGGUGUAUCUUGCGAAGCACCGCAAUCACGACGGUAUCCAUACUUUAAAUCUUAGCUCACAGGCUAUGGCUCAAAUAUUGCAGCUCAAUGCGGGAGACUUGAGUGAGCGCAACCUCGCUGCUACGGUUUAUAGAGGUGCCGGGGCUAUCAUGGCAUUUAGUCGCGCGGGUGGGCUGGAGGAUCUCGAUUCUUCAACGUCGAUGUAUCAUUCAAUCGUUAUCUCUUCGAUGGUGGAUCGGGUCUGCGAGGCUAUAGCGAAGAUCCCUGCUACAUCCAGAUUCUAUGUGCAUCUAGCUACCCCCGCAUAUCUAUCAGGAAUGCAAGCCUCGACAACAAAGCAAUGUGAGAUUAUCCGAGGGUAUUGGAGGAACUGCCGGUCGUGUGAGUUCCCUCGUUAUCCGGAUGCAGAGGCGCAGUGUGAGAAAAGGUGGAGGAGAUCGUAUAGAAGCGGGGGUUAG